AUGGUGAUAAGUGUGAUGAAAAAGAUAGUUAGAAUGGCUGAUAUAUUUCAGCCAAUCUUUACACACCCAAAUAUUAUUAAUAAUAUUAAUAAUAAUAGUAAUAGUAAAAUACAAAAAAAUGUUUUAUAUUUUAUUAAUUUAACAAAUUUACAUAUAUAUGAACAAUUAUUAAUCGAGGAAAGUUUGUACAGGCUUAGUAGUUCCUUAAGUAACAGACUGAAUAAAAUUGGUUUUUUUAUAAUUAACGAUACGACAAAAGGUGUAGAAAAUUGUGAUAACAAUAAUAAUAGUGGCAGUGGCAGUGGCAGUGGCAGUGAUAAAUGCGUUAUAUUUGGAAUGAGUAGAAAAGCAAAAGAACAUAUAAAUGAUACUAAUUAUAUAAAGAAAAAUAAUAUAUUAUUGAUAAAAAGGUAUACAGGGGGGGGUACAGUAUAUAUCAAUAGGAAUUGUAUAUUAGCUUCAUUUAUACUUCCCAAUGAUUUUGAAAAAGAAACUAAACUGUAUCCAUCUAAUAUAAGCAACUGGACGUUUAACUACUUUUUUAAACCAUUUAUACAAAAAGAAAAUGAUAACAAAAACAAUAAUAAUAAUAAUAACAAUAAUAAUGAGUAUACUUUUAACAAAACGUUUCAAUAUUAUGAACAAGAUUUCGUUUGCAAAAUAAAUGAUAAAAAUGAUAUUAUUAAAAAAGUCGGAGGUAAUGCACAAGCAUUUUCAAAAGAUUAUUUUGUUCAUCAUACAUCUUUUAUUUGGAAUUUGAAUAAAUUUGAAGAAAUCGAAAAAGUAUUAUCAAACCCUUUAAAACAACCAUCUUAUCGAAAUAAAAGAAAUCAUAAAGAUUUUAUUACAUCUAUAGAUUCAUGUUUACACAAAAGUAUAGAUACACCUGAUAAAUUUAUACAACAUUUAGUUGAAAAUAUGAAAUAUGUUUUAAAUAAAAAAAAUAAAUUAAAUAAAAACGAAAUAUGGUUUUUCAAUAAUAUACAAUUUAAUAACGAAGAUAAUUUACCACUUAUUACAGGUGAUGUAUUUGAUCAGAUAUAUGCAGUUGAUUUAAGAUUAUUGAAAGAAAUUGUUCAUUUUUAUAUUAAUAAUAAUGAUUUAAAAAAUUUAAGAUCCACUUAUUUUUUGGAUAUUUAUGGAAAUAAAGUUUCAGAAUCCUUUUACAAUUUUAACUCUUUUAUUAUUAACUAA